AACUACCCUGAGACCAGUGGGCUGAGGUCGUCGCUCUGUUCCUGGCGUCUGGACCCCAGCAAGUGUUUUUUGAUCUCCCUGUUGAUGAAGCAGCCGACUACCCGACCAUAAAAGGAAAUCUAUUCAUUUGCUGAGACAUCUCCUGGUCUUCAUGUUCGCCAUAGAAGAAAUAAACAGAAGAUCUGACCUCUUACCUAAUAUCACUUUGGGAUACACAAUAUAUGACUCUGGUGUGGAAGAACAUAAAGCUGUACAGAGUGCACUGAGUAUACUGUCAGGACGAGAAGAAGCCGUCCCUAACUACAGCUGUGAUGAGAAGAACAAAGUGAUGGCUUUUAUUGGACACUUGAUGAUCUCCUCCAGUCUGUCCAUAUCUAUAAUAACUGGGAUCUACGGACGUCCACAGAUCAGCUAUGGAGCUAUGGAUCCUGUCUUCAGUAACAAGCUCCUGUUCCCUUAUUUCUAUCGCAUGGUCCCUGAAGAGUCUGCUCAGUAUGAAGCCAUUGUCCUCCUAUUGAAGCAUUUUGGCUGGAGAUGGGUGGGAAUGGUGACAGCAGAUGAUGAGAGCAGCCAACGAGCCGGCAUGGACCUCUACAAUGUAAUAACACGGAGCGGGGUCUGCAUGGCUUAUAGAGAAUCUGUCCCUAGUUAUUCCCACUUCAAAGCAUUUAUGGUCUACAGGAAGAUGAUCUAUAAAAUACAAAAGACCCACUGUGACAUUAUUAUAUUUGUUGGUAGCUCAUAUGGCUUACAGUCUUUGAACUCAGUAUUAUCUGAUGACCUCAAUUUUAGAAGAGUUGUAAUCAUACUCUCGCUUAUUCUUCCUGAAAAAGUAAUCACAUUUGCUGCAUUUCAUAGAUCUUUGCAGCUCACACUUCAAAAAGGAAAAAUUCCAGGAUUACGAGAAUAUUUACUCACAGCCGGUCCUCUAAAAUACCCAAAGGUUGAGAUAAUGUAUAACAUUUGGGAAUAUUAUCUUUUUUGCAGCUAUGGACAGUAUUUAUCUGAUGAUAGACCAUGUAAUGAAAGAGAUGUUCUAGGUAUUGUGGAUCGCACCCAGUAUGAUGUAGACAAUUUCCGUUACACAUUCAAUGUGUACUCUGCAGUGUAUAUUGUGGCUUAUGCCUUACACGAUUUGAUCUACUCAUAUAAGAGACAAGAACAUCUCAAAUUAUUUACGAUCCAACCUUCAAAGGACGCAUGGAAGCUCAAUCAAUAUAUAAGAAGAGUUAAUUUUACAACUCCUGGUGGAGAAUCCAUUCACCUUGAUGAGAAAGGAAACUUUCCGAGAAGAUUUGAUCUGGUGAAUUAUGAUGUAUAUGCUAACCGUACUUUGGAGAAACAAACAGUAGGACAUCUCCAUGAAGACAAUGGUCACUAUCAGUUUCCUAUCAAUGACAGUUUAAUCUCUUGGGAUCCAAGAUUUACCCAGACACCGCGCUCCGCCUGUAGUGAGAUUUGUCUUUGUGGAUACAGAAAGGCCUACUUGGAAGGAAAACAUAAAUGCUGCUACUACUGUGCCCCCUGUGCAGAAGGCGAGAUCUCCAACCAGACUGAUAUGGAGGCAUGUUUUGAGUGUCCUGAAGACCAGUGGUCUAAUGAGAGAAGAGACGCCUGUAUCCCGCGACCACUUGACUUCCUGUCAUAUGAAGAUACAUUGGGAUUAUCUCUCAUUAUUAUCAAUCUCUUCUUCUGUUCUGUGACGGUCGUUGUGUUGGGGAUAUUUAUAAAGCACAAGAACACGUCAAUUGUGAAAGCCAAUAACCAGAACCUGAGCUACAUCCUGCUACUGUCUCUGCUCUUCUCAUUUCUAUGUCCUCUCUUAUUCAUUGGACGUCCCACAAGGAUGUCAUGUCUUCUCCGACAAGUGACUUUUGGGAUAAUCUUUAGUGUUGCAGUUUCUUCAAUUUUAGCUAAAACAGUCACUGUAGUCUUGGCUUUUCAUGCCAUCCAACCAGGCAGGACACUGAGGCAGUGGUUGGGGAGACAUCUGUCCACAUCAUUACUCAUUACUGGUACAAUAGGAGAGGUUGUGAUCUGUGUCUUCUGGUUGUCUUUCUCUCCACCAUUCCCAGAUUAUAAGACUGAGAUAGAGAUUGGAAAGAUAAUAUUACAGUGUAAUGAGGGAUCUGACAAUGCUUUCUACUUGUCCAUAGGUUACAUUGGAUUCCUGUCCGUGUUGACCUUUAUUGUAGCAUUUUUAGCCAGGAAACUACCAGACACCUUCAAUGAGGCUCAGUACAUCACCUUCAGCAUGCUGAUCUUCUGCAGUGUGUGGAUCUCCUUCAUCCCGGCCUACCUCAGCACCAAGGGGAAGUACAUGGUGGCUGUGGAAGUUUUUGCCAUCUCAUCUUCCAGUGCUGGACUUCUGGGCUGUAUCUUCAUUCCCAAAUGUUACAUUAUUCUAAUGAGACCAGAACUCAACACAAAGUCUAAACUUAGUUUUACACAACAAUAG